AUGGCUAUGGCGGCUAUGGCUAUGGCUAUGGGUGCGGCUAUGGCUAUGGCUAUCGGCUAUGGAUACGGCUAUGGCUAUGUCAAUGUCUAUCGUGUACGGUUCCUUGAGGAGUUCGGAGCCGGUGAUCUUGGUCCUGGGUACUACGUGGUCAAGCUUCGCCUGGAUGCCAGCUUAUGGCUCCUCAUCUCGCGCAUGAGCCACGAAGUAGAUGAUUUGUUUGCUGGCUGGGAAGAUGAUAUCAAUGAAGUGUUGGCUGAGGGCCCAGAGCAUCAGGUGGUCAUUGAUGCAGUGGCCGAUUCCUCAUCGGCGCAGCCGCGAAGAAAAAAAGGCCGGCCUGUCGGCUCCACUGGUAGCCGUAUGGUGAGGGAGCAGAUGCAGCGGCUACAAGCCGAAGAAGCCGAAACCGAGGACGGGGAACCAUCAGAACUGGUGCCACGAGCGGAAUCGAAUGCUGACAUUGUCAAACAUCUGCAACAGCACAGGGCCCUGAAGGAUGCUGUUCAGAAGAUGUUUGGCCCCUGGCAAUUUCUGCUGAAUGUGGGAAGCAGCUUUCAGAGAGUUGUAUCGCAGUCGCUGAAAGAUUCUGUCGAGAUGCUGUCUCGAACAAAGGAAAAAAUUUCAUUGUUGAAGGACACACUCGGUGAAGCAGUUUCCAAGGCGUCUUUGUCCCAGAUUGUUCAGGGCAGAGCUUUGACUUGCUCUGCCACCGCGUUGGCGAGGUUGGAGAACAGCGGAGAGGACUCGAGCAGGACAUCACUGCAGCGUCGCAUGGUUCAGUCCGGAGGAUUGGCCUUGGAAUGUUCUGCUUUGCUUUGCAGUGCUGCGCUUUCGUCUUUCAUCGAGGCCUGCAAGAAUCCUGUGUCGCAGGGUGUGGGUGUGCGCGGCUUGGAACUGAAGCCAUUAAUGUUUUGCUGGCGUGUACGCUACGACGAAACUCCAAGCAAAGUCCGAGUGGCAAAUUUGCACGACAGCUCGGCAGCCCCUCGGUUGCAGUUUUGCUAUUAUGAGUAUUAUGAUCGUCAUCGUUAUCGUUCUGAUUAUUGA